AAAACUGGCUGUCUAAUUGUUGUGAAUCCCACUAACGACCCGGAGAAGGACAAGGAUAUGGUUCAGAAACUGCUGGAUUUCAAGGACAAGAUCGACAACAUCAUUGCAGAGUGCUUUGGUAAGAAUGAGAAGUUCAUCAAUGCCAUGAAAGAAAGUUUUGAGUCCUUUAUCAACCAGAGACAGAACAAACCUGCUGAACUUAUAGCUAAAUAUGUUGACUCAAAACUCAGGGCAGGAAACAAGGAGGCAACAGAAGAAGAGCUGGAGAAACUUCUGGACAAGAUCCUGGUCAUCUUCAGGUUUAUCCAUGGCAAAGAUGUGUUUGAGGCCUUCUACAAGAAAGAUCUGGCAAAGAGGUUGCUGGUGGGCAAAAGUGCUUCUGUGGAUGCUGAGAAGUCCAUGCUGUCCAAAUUGAAGCAAGAAUGCGGGUCAGCAUUCACAAGUAAACUUGAAGGUAUGUUCAAAGAUAUGGAACUCUCCAAGGACAUCAGUCUCGCCUUUAAACAGAGUUUACAGUCAGUCAAUGACUCCAUAGAUCUGACAGUGAACAUCUUAACCCAGGGUUACUGGCCAGCCUAUCCAGUUGUGGAAGUUCAUCUACCAUCAGAGAUGCUUCGUUAUCAGGAAAUUUUCAAAAAAUUCUAUUUGGGCAAACAUAGCGGCAGGAAACUCCAAUGGCAGCCAACAUUGGGUCACUGUGUAUUGAAAGCUGAAUUCCAAAAUUAUACUGUGAGAAAAGAGAUUCAGGUGUCGCUGCUACAGACUUUAUGUCUACUGCUGUUUAAUGAAGGAGAUGAGUACACAUUCUCUGAUAUCAAAACUGCCACUGGCAUUGAUGAAAUGGAGUUAAAGAGAACGUUGCAAUCUUUGGCCUGUGGCAAAGCUAGAGUCAUCUACAAGAUACCUAAGGGGAAGGACGUCAACGAGACAGACACAUUUCGGUUCGCUGAUGAUUUUAAGCAUAAACUGUACAGAAUCAAAAUCAAUCAGAUCCAGAUGAAAGAGACUCAAGAGGAGAACACCAGUACCACAGAACGAGUGUUCCAGGACCGCCAGUACCAGGUGGAUGCUGCCGUGGUCCGCAUCAUGAAGACCAGGAAGACAUUGAGUCACAACCUGCUUAUAUCAGAGCUCUUUAAUCAGCUCAAGUUUCCUGUCAAA